GUUUUCAGUUUCGAUUCGCCUUCGAACGCGUUUGGCCGCAUCCUCAGUAACCGUCGAGUGUCGAGAGUGAUUGACUGAGCGUGUGACCACGGCAGCAGCGACAAAGCCAUCAAAACCGCCAACGCCGAGGACAAUGUGAACGUGAGCGAUCACAGCGCGGACAACAACGUGAUUAGUUACUUGGAGUUCACUAGUUUGUUAGUUUGAUUAGUCGGCCGGUGUAUGUGUACGCGUGGCGCCGUUUAAAACGCGAGUGUUUGAUUAUUCAAUUUAGUUUUAAUACACAACAAAAAAAGGCCAGCGUAGCCUAGGCAAAAAAAUAUAUAUUACAUGCCUACAUAUCUAUGUACAUAUGUAUAAGGAAUGACACCUAAUUGCAUACAAAUGUAUAUAUACAUGGGUAUGUCGUGUGCGUAUGCCGAAGUGUUGAAAAUUGCGUAUAACACUUGAAAUACAGUCGCAUUUGCUUUGAAACAAAUGUAAGAAACUAACAACGCACUAAAUAUUAGAAACAUUUUUGGAAAAAACGAAAUUAAUUAAAAAAAUAGCAAAUGUGAAAAAUGUAUCAUUCUGAUCAGAAUUUUAUCUCGAAUAACAGUUUGCUGCAUUUAUUGAAGAAUCUGGAUCACAUAAACCUUUCGAAUACUUAUAUUAAGCAGUGCUAAACACUAAAUUAACAACAAUUGUGCCACAAACCUACAACAAUGAUAACAAUAAAAAAACAACUACAAUGAUGAAGUGUUUUUUAAACAAAUAAGAACUGCAAAAAUUGCAUUUAAUGCCUGCAAACUCAAGAAACUCGUACACACAUACACACACUGCACAAACAGCAGGCCUACAAACAGCAACUUCGUGCUACUUCAUGUCGCCUGCAUUUAGUUAAACUCUACUAGAAAUAAAUUUAAAGGAGAAAACAGGAAGAAAAACACAAAAAGGGAAAAAGUGGAUCCUAGGACCGCUUAAAAGUACCGUCAAUGUUCUGCUCUAUCGAAUAUUGCGCCAAUGGUGACAGCGAGAGUUGCAUUACUGUUUUAUUUCUUUUUAACACGAGACGAUUGAAAAGAUAGUGAACGGAUAUUCCUUUCCCCCUUCUCUACACCACUGUGGCAUAUACUAUUGAGUCGUAUAUUCAACCUCGCUGUAUACUCACUAACCUUCCAAUGUUCUGUGAGAAUCGCGAUUAGUCUUGAGAUGUCUGAAGGUCAUCUGUAAUAGUGAGUCUCUAGUUCCAUCUUAAACCGGCUGAAGGGAACUUCUACUGGUCAGUCGAUCUUAAGCAGGAGCCUAGCUUAGAAACCUCAUCCGUCUUCUCGUAACCCUUGAUUUUCCUGUGACCUGGAACCCAUACCAGAGUGAAUUCGAGGCAUUAACUGGACACUGCCAUAUAAAAACUAGCAACUUCAAAUUCUACAAACCUUCAACUUUACAGCUACCUCGAUAAGAUACAAAAUAUUAUAAAUAACUGUUUCUGCCGAAUAAAAAAUACUGCCAGACGCACGGCAAAGCCACUAACAAACGUAACAAACAACACAAACGAUAUACAGAAGUAUCAACAAUAAGCAAAUAGAGUUGUGCUGCAGGUACCUUAGUGCCAUUAACACUACUUUGAAAUUGUAAGCGCAUAUAGAAAAAUGUAGUAAUAUCAUAGAAAAUUCCAUUCGCAUACGACACCCAUAGCAAGGCUCAACUUUCAGUAGGAACCCUUGCAGUAAAAAGCACCCCUGCCUACUCUUAUUCCGUGCUCACUUUCUUCAGACCAACCAUCACCAUCGCCAUCACCAUCACCACGAUUUAAUAUGAAUCCAUCAUCCUAUGCUAAUGAUGUCGAUUCCACGGCAAAUCCACAAAUGAAAAAAUUCCAAUCACCACAACGCCAAAUAAAAGAUAGCCCAACAGUAAAUAUCCCAGUGAUUACGCCCAACGUGACCUUAACAAAUGGACGUUCAGAAAAUGGGUACAAACACCAUGGGACCAAUGGUGAUGCCUCUCUGAAUGGAACACCAUUGCAUAAUGGUCAUGGCAAUGUCAUCGCUAUAAAUAGUUAUCAGAAUGGUACACGUCGUGACUCUACUCAAGCCUGGACACCACUACUGGCUAAUACCAAUGGCACGGGUAGCACUGCUCUAAUUAAUGGCAAUGGCAGUGCCACUGUUGAUGGCAACACAAUUGGUAGUGAGAACGUAAUGGUAAGUGAAGCUGGUAAUGUGGUUGACCAGGAGCCGAAUGAAGCCCUAGCUGAUGCCACAACUGUGAUAUAUGCCACAUCGACGAGCAACAACAACGAGUGGAAGGAUGCCGAAAAAAUAAAUAAUCUCAAAAACGGUCUACUUCAUUGUCCAGUCAAUCGCCAGGGCAACAAUAAUGGUUCGCUUAUGAACGGCAAGAAUGGCAUUGGCCUAGGCGUAUCAGACAAAUACGACGAACAAGACCCGCUUACCGGUCUAUACACACAGAAGCAUACUCGGCCGCGUGAGCCAGAUGAGUCAGACUCAGAUUCCGAGCUAAGUAAUAUCGAUCGGCAAGCUCCAGGUUGUGGUCUGUUCGGCUGUCGGCCAAAAUGGGCACGUAACUUCGCUUCCACCAAUGUUUUUAUGGUCGUUUUUUUGCUCGCCUACAUCCUGCAGGGCAUGUAUAUGACAUAUUUCGUGUCAGUGAUCACAACCAUAGAGAAACUAUUUCAGAUCAAAUCCAAAACAACGGGUUUUUUGCUAAGCGCUAGUGAGAUGGGUCAAAUUAGUACUGCUAUGCUGCUAACCUACUUCGCUGGACGUGGCCAUCGGCCACGCUGGAUUGCUUGUGGCAUGGUGUUAUUCUCCAUCGCAGCCUUUGCUUGCGCAUUGCCACACUUUAUAUUCGGUAAACAACUGAUGCAAUCUCUCGACACAUUAAGCAAUGGCGGUAAUGGUGCUAAUGCGGCGUUGCGCUCCUUAAAUAGACAAAUGUUGUAUGGCAGUUAUGGACUGCAUGGAAUUAAUGAUACAGUAAAUGCAACAAGUGGGAAUGUUUUGGAGGGAAGCAUAAGUGCGUUGUUAACUACUGUAAAAAGACCACAUGAUAUGAAUCUGUGCAUACCGGGACAGAAUGCGACAAAUUCCAAUUCGGAAUGCGACGAAAAUCAAAAAUUGGAACAAGCUUCACACUCUAAAAUUACCGUUAUUGUGCUGUGCAUCUUUUUUGCUAGUCUCCUGAGCUCCGGUAUUGGACAGACGGCCGUGGCAACACUGGGCAUACCGUACAUAGACGAUAAUGUGGCUAGCAAACAAUCACCAAUGUAUAUGGCCAUAACGAUUGGUGUGCGCAUUUUGGGACCUGCUUCUGGUUUUAUAGUGGGUUCGUUCUGCACACGAUGGUACGUAAAUUUUUCAAAUCCGGGUUUCGACCCAAGCGAUCCGCGUUGGAUUGGUGCUUGGUGGCUGGGUCCAGUUGUAAUUGGUAGCUUAAUGAUGCUAUCAUCCAUCGCAAUGUUCUCAUUCCCAAAGCAACUGCGCGGUAAAAGAAAAACCAAUGCAGGCGAGGCCAAAGAAGAAGGUGCCGAAGAGGCUGUAGCAACUACAGAGGUAGAUGAAAAACCAAAAUUGAGAGAUUUCCCAAAAACGGUACGCCGUCAACUAAGCAACGACAUUCUAAUGUUCCGUACCGCUUCGUGCGUCUUCCAUCUACUGCCGAUUGCAGGGCUCUAUACUUUUCUACCAAAAUACCUCGAAACACAGUUCCGUUUGACCUCCUACGAUGCCAACAUGAUUGCCGCCUUUUGUGGCAUACUUGUCAUGGGUGUGGGCAUUGUUAUAUCCGGCUUGGUUAUAUUAAAAUUAAAGCCGUCGGCGCGAGCAGUAGCCGCUUGGAUUGCAUUUACAGCGCUCUUUUAUGCAGCAGGCAUGGUCGUACUGAUGUUUGUAGGAUGUAGCAUGAGCGACUUUGCCGGAUACAAGACUGGCACGAGCAAUAACUCGGCCAUGAUCGAAGCAGCAUGUGACCUCAAUUGUUCUUGUGAUAAAGAGAAUUUCGCGCCCAUUUGUGGUGCGGAUGGACGUAUAUACAUAUCCACCUGUCAUGCUGGAUGUGGAGCAACUUCGAUGCGUGAAAGCGAUAAUCGCACCGUAUUCAGUAACUGUACAUGCAUUCCAGAUUCUUUAAGGGACCCUCAACCGUACCAAGCGGUCAACGGAUACUGUGAUAGCAAUUGCAAGAAUUUCGUGUUCUUCAUUUUAAUAUUUGCCGUUUGUGUGUUUAUGCAUUCGACGCAAGAGGUGGGCAGCAUGUUACUGGUGAUGCGAUGCACCCAUCCAAAAGAUAAAGCCAUGGCUAUGGGCAUCAUACAAUCAGCUAUUGGUCUAUUCGGUAAUGUUCCUUGUCCGAUUAUUUAUGGCGCCGUUGUCGAUUCGGCGUGUCUCAUUUGGAAGACGGUGUGCGGCAAGCAUGGAGCCUGUUCCCUGUACGAUGCUGAUACGUUUAGACAUUACUUUUUGGGCAUAACCGCCGGCAUAAUGUUUUUAGCAUUCAUAAUGGACUUGGUUGUGUGGAGUAAAGCACAUCGUAUUGAUAUCACACCAGAGGACAACGAUGAAUCGCACGGUAAACAGACCGCCGCUGAAACGGAGUGCAAAACGUCGAUGGUAGCGCCAGAUACAAGCGUUUGAACGGCAUUUUCUCAAGAAGGGUCGUCAUUAGUAGCUGGAAAGAACAAAAUCAAAAUUUAAAAACAGUGCGAACCCUUGUUUGAAUG